UGAAAAUGCCUGUCAGCGUCACCAAUGUCACUGCUGGAGGUUCCUCUCUUUAAUUGCAGAAAGCUGCAAAUUUGUUAAAACGGUGGAUGCCUGUUCAAUGCGCAGAUGAAGUCAUGCAACCAUAAAGACAAGCAAUGUUUAAAGAAAAAUCUUGGGAGGAUAUGAUUUUCACAUCAAUCACAUGCACAUGUAAGUUACACACAUUCUCCGUGCUACCCGUUGAACGAGAAGGAGCAAUGUAAGGAGUGAAGAGGGGGAGGAAAAACAAAAGUAAAAGGUCUGCCUACACUGCCGGAUUACCUUCAGCCGCCAGUUACGAUGCGGUUGUUAAUCGUUCACCAGACCACUCAGUUCACAAUAAAAGCCAUGUGUCUGCCACAAUAAAGCUGAACCGCGUCACAUGGCCCCCGGCUAGACUUGGAGGAGGGAUUACUGUUUAGAAGAAUUUGCCGAAUACCAAUAACAGGUCUCUUAUUUUGAAGGCGUGGUCUAUGUCGCCUUGCGUCUGACUUUGGCGUAACUGACUGUACGGAGAGCAGAAUGGGUCAAUCAACCUCCUGUCUCACCAUCGCAUGUGUUAAAGAGAAACGGAGACCGGUGGAGUCUGGAGUAACGCGUUUUGGUGGAGUAACGAGCAAGGAGCGAAGGGACGACCGGUUUGACAGGAAUCUGGUUAAAAAAGAGGAGUUUCCGAGGCUGGAUGAGAAGUUGGGGCGCACUCCAUUGCCGGAUACAAGUGCAGAAGGGCAGAAGUCGCCAAGUUGCCGGACGGAGAGCAUAAAUCCUAAGAGCCAGUCUACCGGCGAAGACAAUAAACCAGUGGCGGCGGUGGUCCGCGAAUCCCAGACAAGAUGUGGCGUGGACUCCGUGGAUGCAACGCGGUCUGAUCCGCGGACCCCACUACACAGAUCGGUCCAAAGUAAUUCUUGGCACGUUGGCCCGGACGCGUCGGGGAAGGACCAUGACAGGAAUACCAUGGAAAAGCAGUCACCCAGAAAUGGUUGUCCCGAGGAGGGGGCGGAAAGCUCUCGCGCUCCCGCGGUAUCGAUAGUUUUAACAGAUUCGGGGGAAGACGAAAGUGUGGGACGGUAUUUACGCCUGGAGACCGGAGACUGCAGCGGAGCGCGUGCUGGGGGCUCCGGGGACUCCGGUUUCACAGACGCGGAUACUGCGAUGACUAAAUCCCCAGCUAACACUGUCGCUUGCCCGGGCAGGACGCACAGACAAGGCGAGAGGAGCAUCAGUUCCCCAGUCGACUUGGGAAAUCGCCGUUCCAGCUCAGGAGCCUCCACGAAGCAGCCUUACCAACUAGCGGAGGGCAUCCCGGGCAGUCUGAGUUUCCCCGGGACUAUCCCGCAGCUCAUCGUGACCCCCGAUCCCAGUCCCAGUCGAACCGAGACACCCCCGUACCCUCAGCAGGCCUCCGGACUUAGCGACGGCGCACUGUCCCUCGGCGGGCACCGGGACCAGGAGUCGCCGUGCUCGGACAGCGGCUGCGGGGGCUCGCCGGUCCCCUCGCUCCUGUUCCGCAAGCUUUCCAGCUCGUCCUCCGCUGGCCUUUCGUCGGCUUCCUCGUUUGAGGAAUCGGAGGACGAUUUCGCCGGCAGCGACAUCGAACCCAACAGCGGUUCGACCGCAUACAGCACGCUGGGCAGCCCGGACGAACCGCCGGGGACCAAGUCGUGGAAGAAGCUGAAGACUAUGGUGCACUGCUCUCCCAUCACAGUGUCGUCCAAGAAGUGCUACCCGUGGGUGCAGCUCGCCGGACAUGCAGGGAGCUUCCAGGCAGGGGAUUGUGGGAAGCUGCUGAAGAAGUACUGCGAGUGCGAGCAGCAGUGCCUGCUGAAGCUGAUGGGGGACUCUCUGCGGCCCUUCGUGCCCGGGUACUACGGAGUGGUGCAGCAGGGCGAGCAGGAAUUCAACCUGAUGGAUGACCUUCUGGCUGACUUCCAGUCUCCCUCUAUCAUGGACUGCAAGAUGGGCAGCCGGACGUACCUCGAAGAUGAGCUGGUGAAGGCGCGGGAGCGACCGCGGCUGCGCAGAGACAUGUAUGAGAAGAUGGUGGCAGUGGACCCAGGUGCGCCUAGUCCCGAGGAGCGAGCCCAGCAGGCCGUGCUCAAGCCCCGCUACAUGCAGUGGCGAGAGACCCUCAGCUCUACUGCCACGCUGGGGUUCCGCAUUGAGGGCAUCAAGAAAGCUGACGGCACGUGCAACACAAACUUCAAGAAGACCAAACACAGGGAGCAGGUGAAGCAGGCCCUGGAAGACUUUGUGCAGGGGAGAAUCAAAGUCUUGAGGAGUUACCUGGAGAGGCUAAAGGAGCUGAGGGGAAUUCUGGAGAAAUCCGAGUUCUUCCGGACCCAUGAGGUGGUUGGCAGUUCCCUGCUGUUCGUGCACGACAAGACAGAACGAGCGCAAGUGUGGAUGAUUGACUUUGGCAAAACCGUGCCCCUGCCGCCCCCCCUCACCCUGGACCACCGCACCCCUUGGCUGGAGGGUAACCAUGAAGACGGUUACUUGUGGGGCCUGGACAACCUCGUGGAAAUCCUGAGCUCGAUGCUGCCGGAUGCCUGAGAGGAGCUAACAGGACAACAUAGGCGAGGUUUUGCACAGACAGACUGGUCCCCCAGCCUGAGAAGAGGAGGAUUUGGCGAAUCGACACAACUCGAGAAAGGGAGGGAAGACCAAGCUAUAAAAACUGAGCAUGUACUGCCUCUCCUCUCACCCUUGGGCUCACUGCUUCCCUCUGGUGGUAAGAAGAGAUGUGGCAUUCCACUGCGCUCUCAAAAAGACAUUCUGAAUUUCUGAAGUUGCCUUAAAGAAAAAGGAAAAAAAAAGUCCACGUGGACCUGUUGAACUGUUUUGUUUUUAAUUGUUUUACAGAUGCAUAACACUAGAACACUGGAAAAUGUGUACAGUUUUAUUUUUCCUGUUUUGUUUUAAUGUAAAUAGUUUUAUUUAAGUAUUUCGGCCAUAUGGAUUGUAGAUUAAUUGUUUUUCUGUGCUUUCUCUGUGGGAGUUUUUACAAGAGUCUUUUUAUUGCAAAGGACGAGAGAACCAUUGCAGAGCCGUAUAAUGCAUUGGGGAAAUGAGCUGGAAUCUAGACUUUUUAAGAAACUUGAUGAAAAAGUCUUACAGACUCUUUGAGUGCAGUAACAAUGUGGUUAGAGUUCAAAAAUGUCUUUUUUAACCAAUGUACAUGCAUGCUGGGAUGGUGGCCUUGUGUCACUGCCUUUAGGCUAACCAGGCUAUAUGCAAUAUGUUAUCUGUAAUUGUCUUGGCUUAGCACUGGUUUCUGUUUACCAGCUAGAUAAAUCACACUAAGAUUUUUAUUUUUUUUUAUCCAGGAGGCGUAACAGACUUAAGUUCCACACACUUUUUAGGUCACCUUGCAUCAGUAAACUUUGACAGCCAAAAAUGGAAAGGACCAUAUCAGUCAGAUCACAUACCUUGAAAAUGUAUAAAACUGGUAAUGAAAUUUCAUUGAGUAGGGAGUAUUUAAUUUACAGCUGUGGUGAAUGAACAUUUAGGAUUUAUUUCUGAAUGCCAAAAUCCUCUGCUGCAUGUUAACCCACUGUUUUGAUGUGGCCGCUGAAGCAAAACUGUACAGUGUUUUGUGCUCAUCUUUGGGGAAAAAUGCAGCUACAGAUAACAGCUUAUGUUUUUUUCCUAGUUUAUUCAACAGUUUAAAUUCUAUAUAGCAUGUUCUCAUUCUCGGCAGUUUUGAGAAAUUUUGUGUUCUGGGUUCGAGUGUUCUGGGUUAGGGAGUUCCAGGGGUUUACCAGUAAAAACCAAAGGAAAAUGCAAGCCCAGUACAGCCUUGCUGCUUAGGAACUAAGGAUUACAGAUUUGGGAUAAGUGUUAAUUGACCCUGAGGUGGAGCAGCUUUUGACAGUGGCAAAAAUCUCUCUGUGGAACUAUGCUUUUAGUAUGGCUGUGUUUCCAUGUACACAGAAAUGUGGUUUGUGUUUGGUGUAUCUAACAAUGUGUGUAAAGGCAUCUUAACUUCAAAGCCAUACUGGGUAUCAGUGCCACUCAGCCCCCAUUGCUGUUACCAGCCUGUUUAUGACUGUGGAUUUAAAAUAUCAGUUUACAACUGGUCUGAACUGGUUAGAGAGGGAAGUUGAACAAAAAUAUGACUGUGACUUGUGAUCUGAAUUUUUGUAGCUUCUGGUACAUUGUGACUGCAGGCGGUUUGCAGAUUUAGAGGGAUUUAUCGCCCACACCCCCACCUUGGAAUUUAAGAUUUUUAAAUUCAAAGAUAUCUAAAGCAAUAUUUCAGGCUUUUUUUAAACAGCACUCGGGCAUUUUUAUCGUCAGUUUGACGAAAUGUGAAUGUUAUCGGUAUAAAUUCAUAAUAUAAAUUUCAGCCUAAGAGAUGCUGUUGCGGUGUGCACACUGCAGUGGUUCUGUACGGGCAUCUCUGGCUGAAAACCCAACAAUCUGAAUCUGAACAACCGGUGAGAGACGUCGUUCGAAAGUCACAUAAUUAACCUGAGGAUUGUGGGCAUCUUAGUAAUUUUGAAUUUACCGCUUUUGUAAAUGAUACUUUGUCUGUGUGUCUUUUGCUACAUUCCUUAACCAAGUGUUACAAAGCGAAGCACCUUUAUGUGUUUUGUACACGUCCUACCCUGACACCUCUUUCAGAAACUUUAAACCAGGAAAGUGAUCCAACAUCAUUCCCCCAGCAGCCCCACAUCUCUGGAACAUCACUGAAUUGUUUACAAAUGGUGUUCUGUGUAUUGGAUUUUAUUUUUUUACAACACAUUGUAACCAUUAUGUUGUAUUAAUCGGACUGCAUGUCAGCGUGCAGGGAUGUGUAAAGAGGAUGUGAGACUCACAGCGAUAGUUUCUGUGUCUGUAUUCUAUAUGCCAACCAUUGAUCCACCGGACCAUGUUGUGGGUCAGAACAGAGUCCCCUGUGUGUGUGAGAGACAAAGUCUGAAUGUCAAUAAACUGGAUCUGUGAGCCUUAGAAUCCG